AUGGAAAAAACAAUGGUUAAAGUGAUCUUUUUGCUGGUCGUGUUGCUGUCAAUAAGCGGACACAGUGUGCUUUGUGAGAACGCAGACAAUGGUUAUGCAAAGCAUGCGGAUGUGAGACUGAUUCUGGUAGGUAAGACGGGUUCUGGCAAGAGUGCAUCCGGUAACACUAUUCUUGGCGACGACACCGCUUUCGAAGAGGGUAUCUCACCCCAGUCUGUCACCAACGGGUGUGUGAAAAAAGAGACUGAAAUAGACGGUGCACGGAUCGUUGUGGUCGACACUCCGGGGCUGUUCGAUACGACCAAAACUCACGACGAAGUAAAACUGAAAAUUGAAGAAUGCGUGGAGCGGUCGCUACCCGGACCACACGGAUUCCUUUUAGUACUCAGCUUGAAGUCUAGGUUCACACAAGAGGAACGGAACGCCGUGAAAUGGAUUCUAGAUAAUUUCGGAGAAGAUGCUUCGACGUAUAUCAUGGUCCUGUUCACCCACAGUGAUAUGUUAAAGGGUAAAACGGUGAAAGAGUACAUACAAGAAAGUAAAGCCCUGCAAAAAUUGAUAAACCAGUGCGGCGGCAGAUACCACACGCUGAACAAUAAUAUGAGACACAACAGAACCCAAGUGUACAGUCUGCUCAGUAAAGUGCAGGACAUGGUCGCAUUCAACGGAGGCAAGCACUACAGCAACGGCAUGUAUCGCGAUGCGCAGAAGAAACUGGAGCUAGAGAGGGAGAUGAAGAGGCGAGCGGAAGAGCAUAUGAGAAAAGAACACGAGGAUAUGAUAAAGGCCAGAGAAUGGUGUCGAUUCUUCGGUCUUACUUCACUUGGACUGUUUGGAACCGGAGCGUAUUUAUCGUCCUAUGUUUUGAUGGGGAUAGGGGGGGCGCUCGGUUACUCGCAGUUCAAUUGUACCUGGGUGAUGUUUACUUAG